AUGAACCUUACCCAACCCCCUGACCACCCACACCUCAAGCCUUCAGCACCCGAGCCCUUCCCUCAUGCCGACCCGGCCAUAAGGCUUCUCUUCGCGAAGGUUCGACGUUUGGAGAAUGAGCAACACCGCAGUCAUCAUCCUCUCUGGGCGAAGCCACGACUCGGGCCCUUCACUGAACGCAUCCUUAAUUACCACCACAAGAAAGACAUCCAGCCAUUCCGCAUCGCCUUUUACACUGGCAUGGAGGAUCCUCUCACCCACAUACAUUCUUUCCAGUCUGCCCUGGGGUGCAAGAGCCUCAUUGACGAAGGCAUGCGCCUCCUCUUCCCUUCCACCCUCAAUGGCGCGACCCUGAAUUGGUUCUAUAGGCUGAACCCCCGCAUUAUCAACUCAUUUGAUAGUCGGAAGCAUGCCUUCCUGUACCAUUUCAUGAUCCAGACUGAUCGCUUGUACUCUACCGACGACCUGUACAUGCUUCGACAAAGUGAGGACGAGCCACUUCGGGAGUAUGCAGCCCAGUUCAGCCACAAAUACUCUUGCUGCCCAGAGACUGAUGACCGCGCUGCCUUCGGUGCUUUCAAUAGUGGCCUCUGCGAGUCGAACUUCCUGUACCUAGUCCACAACAACCCUUGGAACACAUAUGCUAAACUAAUGAAGCAGGCAGCAAUUCACGCCAAGGCUGAGUACUUCAAUUCCAAGCGUGGCCCAACCACCCCGGCGCGUAACACUUUUGCUGAUCCUUCAUCUGUUUCAGUACCCACCCUAGUCCCACCUCAACAUUCUGCCCUCACACCAAGUACCCAGCACCCCAAAAGGAAGGAUAGCUAUCAAUAUACCUUCAUCAACAGCAAGUGUGGCAGACAUGGUAACCACCACCAGCCUAGUGGGAACAACCCUCCCAAGACAAGUGAUUGGGCUCCACUCCCCUUCACACCUAAGCCUAGGUUUGAGGUCUUCAGCACUGAGCAAGGACGCCUGCCGAAAACACAAAAAUUAGGCUGGGCUCCCAUUACCUUCUGUGAGGAAGAGGAGUGUGGUGUCAUUCUCCCCCAUGAUGACCCAAUCAUUAUCCGCGCCAACAUUUCUAACUUCGAUGUUUGGUGUAUCUUGGUGGACACUGGCAGCUCGGUUAGUGUGAUGUUUGCUGAUGCUUUCAACGAGCUCCAGAUCCCGUCUUACUUGCUUGACCGAAGCAUCACACCCCUGGUGAGCUUUUCAUGUGAUGUUGUCCAGCCCAUUGGAAGCAUCCAUCUCUCUAUUUCUAUUGGAGCAGCAACCUCGCGGGCGACGGUCACCACUCCCUUCCUCAUUAUUGACUGCCCAAUAGCCUACAAUGUCAUCCUUGGGCACCCUGCCAUGGCCCAAAUGAAGGUUUUCAUUUCCACACAAAUGCUGCUGCUGAAAUUCCCUACGUCCUAUGGCACAGGCAUAGUGCGCGGCGACAAACUUGACGCCCAAAGCUACUAUGCUUCAGCAGUCAAAUCCACCAAUUAA